UCGUGCAGUUUCAUUUUUUGUUACGCUUUUCAUUUGUUUCUGUUGGCCGUGAACAUUUGGUAGCCAAAUUAUAAAACGAGACACGCCAGUCUUGAGUCACGUUACAUUGCUUUGGAAUGAAUGUGCUGUGGAAACUGUCGACUCCUCUGUGGCGCCAUAUUUCAACGUCCUCCAGCAGGCUCAAAAAAUGUGAGCGCUUGUUUAAAGUCCACUCCUCUGUGGCUGAGGCGCUUGCCGGACAACAGCCCGUGGUAGCACUGGAGAGCACCAUCAUCACCCAUGGCAUGCCUUACCCACGCAACCUGAGCACGGCAAAAGAGGUAGAGGCCAUGGUGAGGGCUGAGGGAGUGACUCCAGCCACAGUGGCAGUCCUGGAAGGCAUGGUUCAUGUUGGUUUAUCAGAGGAUGAGCUGGACUUCCUGGCAUGCAGUAAAACAGCCCUCAAGGUGUCCAGGAGAGACUUGCCCUAUGUCAUCAGCAAGGGUUUGUCUGGAGGUACUACUGUCUCAGGAACAAUGAUCGCAGCCCACAGAGCUGGGAUUCCUGUUUUUGUGACAGGAGGGAUUGGUGGAGUACACAGAGAUGGAGAGAACUCCCUGGAUGUGAGUGCAGAUCUCUCUGAACUAGGACGCACUCCCAUUGCUGUAGUGUCCGCUGGAGUGAAGUCCAUCCUGGACAUCGGCCGCACCCUGGAGUUCUUGGAAACUCAGGGGGUCUGUGUAGCUACUUAUGGGGAGACCAAGAGUUUCCCAGCCUUCUUCUCUCGUGAAAGUGGGUUCACAGCUCCUUACAAUGUUCUCAAUGCUGAAGAGGCAGCUGACCUUAUUGUGGGCAUGCUCUCCCUGGGCCUGCAGAGUGGGCUCCUGCUGGCUGUGCCCAUUCCUGUGAAGCAUGCUGCUGUUGGACAGCAGAUAGAGGGUGCUAUACAGAUAGCUGUGGCUGAGGCCAGACAGAAAGGAAUCACAGGAAAAUAUGUGACUCCCUUCAUCCUACAAAGAGUCAGUGAGCUCACUGAGGGACAGUCACUCCAAGCCAACAUUGCUCUCAUUCAUAAUAAUGCUAAGGUGGGCAGUCAAAUAGCUCGUGCCCUUUCUGAGCGCUUGCAGAAAACAGAGUACCGAGCCCAAGGAGGCAGUCAGAUCCAUGAGGAGAAAAACCAGGGCUCACAAUCGAGAACUGUUGUCAUCGGUGGUGUUAAUGUUGACUUCAUUGCUAAAGGAACAAAAAAGAAGUUUUUGUAUGGACAGACAAAUCCAGGAAGUGUGUUCCAGUCAUUUGGGGGAGUAGGUAGGAAUGUUGCAGACUGUCUGAGUAGGCUGGGUCACAAACCUCUGUUCAUCUCAGCCAUUGGAACAGACUCUCAUAGUGAUGCUGUGCUCAACUACUGUAAGCAUAUGGACACUCGAGCAGUUAGGAGACUGCAGGGUCUGAGAACUGCCACCUACUGUGCUGUGAUCACAGAAAGUGGGGAAUUGAACCUCGGUCUGGGAGACAUGGACAUCCACUCACAGAUUAAAGAGCAGUAUGUUUCCCAGUAUGAGGAGCACCUGUCCUCGGCAUCUCUCCUGGUUCUUGAUGGCAAUAUUCCUGUUUCUACCAUUGAUUAUGUAUGCAGCCUUGCCAAGAAACAUUCUAUCCCAGUAUGGUAUGAGCCCACUGAUGCUGAUAAGGCCUGUAAGCCCUUUGUGUCAGAAAGCUGGAAGGCUCUUACUUACACUUCACCCAACUUGGCAGAGCUUUGUACCAUGAACCAGACUCUCCUUCUCCCUACACCAAAAGUCCUACCAAGCUCUCUUGAGGACGUUCUUGGCAGUGCUGCAGCUCUUUCUCGCCCCCUGCUGGAGCAUCUGUGCUGCGUGAUGGUGACACUGGGCGCCCUGGGAGUGUUGGUUUGUGGAGAGCAUGACUCUGGAACAGUCAAUUUACAACCUCAAAAGCAUAAUCGGAAGGGAAGACUGUGUGCUAUGUACUACCCCGCUCUUAUGGUACGUUCUGAAGAGACAGUAAAUGUCUCUGGAGCUGGAGACAGGUCUGUCCCCCUUAACCUUCUACUUUUUGGGAAAAUGAUUAUUCCUCUCUUUUGUCCUUGUACCCAGGCCUGCUCCAGGCCUACUCACUUUCUGUCUGUCUCUCAAUCUCUCUGUACUUUUCAGUCUCGUUAUGUCUCUCUCUGUCUGUCUCUGUCUCAGCCUCGCAGGUGGAGUGAUGGCAGGGAUCCUGCAGGAACAGGAUACAGACACCUGUGUGCACAUGGGCCUUCUGGCAGCACGCCUCUCCUUGUUCUCCCCUCACCCCAUCGCUCCAUGUCUGACUGCGGACAUCAUCCGCCCAGACCGAGCUCAUGCUUGGCCAUGGCCCAAGCCAACUUGCAUAUGGAUGGAGUCCUGAUAGGCUGGGUAAUGAUGUGGAAGCCAGGGUUAGGUUAUGAUCAUAAUUGUCCCAAAAAGGGCAAACCAUAUAAUAACUUUCUGUCCCCAUAAUGGUUUCAGUCUCAGUUAAUUACAAGAGUGAUCAGAUAGAAGGGGUAGUUGUGCGUUUGCUUUAAUCAGAGCAAUUUGUUUUAAAAACAAAGCCAUGUUUAACAAAAGGCAACCCAAAUACAGAUUUCUUCUAUGUAAGGGGGAACUGUAUGGGGCAGACUUAUGAGUGCUUUUAGUACACUGUGCCAUUUCUUCACACACGUUCUGGUGGCCAUAAUCAGAUCCUAAGGGAACACUGCUUUUUAAAGCCCACCUCAUUCCUCAUAUACAACUGUCAAGGUUCAUGCAGUUGAAUUUACAGUAUUGUACUGCUUCUGGGUUUGGCUGGCUGCCGUGCUGAGCAGAUCUGAUUCUGUGGCACUGAACAAGGUGUUACAUUAACUGGGUGCUCAUCGUUUUACAGCUAUAUUAAUUUUAAUUUUCAUUGUUCAUUUCUAGAACAUACAAAGUUUAGGAGACUUGUGUGCAUUAGAUUCUAUAGCAUAACAGGAUGGUUUUUUUUUUAUUACUUUAGUUUGUAGGACUAAUUCCAUAUUAGAUUUCAUUACCUGCUAUAUUAUUUCUGUCAAUUAAUAUAGUGUUUCAUAGUCCUGGUCAUGGAGGAUGUCUGUCCUGCAAUUUUCUUUUUUUUCCCUUGCUAUAACCUACAAUUCUUCUAUUCAAUGACCAGGACUGACAAAUGCGGACU